AUGGAGAAGUCCAGGGAGAUCUUUGUCAGUGUCCUGCUGUUUGUCCUGUCUGUGGAAAUCUGCCUGGCUCAACACUGGUCCUAUGGCUUGCAACCAGGAGGGAAAAGGAACGCUGAGAACCUGGUGGAAUCAUUUCAAGAGAUUGCAAAUGAAAUGGAAAAGCUGAGGGAAGUGCAGAAGACUGGCUGCCCAGGCUCCUCCCAGCACCCCUGGAGCAGGGGCCUGAAGGAAGCCAUGGAAAGCCUGUUGGAAGGAGAACCUAGAGGAGAGAAGAUUUAA